UGUGAUUAUGACCAGCACGGUAAAGACUCCGCUUGCAUACGGAACACCGAAAGUCGAGAUCUGAUCGCGUAACUGAUGUCUGUCUCUGACCGGAAGAACAGGUGAAGCGGUAUGGCACGGGCUUUUGAUAUGAACAACCAUUAUUCCUCCAUUCCAGCAAUCUACAAAGCAACCGACACGACGAUCUAGGCUCAUCCUUCUCAACUCAGGAUGAAUACUCAGGCAACGACAAAGGAAUCCUUCAUCCUUCCGAAACUGAAAUUCAAACACAAAUCUCCCGUCCAGACGGAUCGGUUCAAUUACUACGAUGUCAAAUUCUACCCCUAUGCAAGCCCACCAGAUGACGAGCCAAUGUUUGCGGUAGUGGCCCAGACGAAAGUCACCAUCUAUCGCUUGUCACUCCGACCCAGUCAGUUUUUGACAACGUUGCAUGAAUUAGUAGAUCAGCAGGAGAGGGACGACCCGAACUCACCAGGAUUGAACUCUUGUUCGUGGUGUUACAUCGAACCACAGAAGCCUUUGCUCGCCUUGGCUGGAGGGUCGGGGCAGUUGAAAAUCAUUGAUGCACUCGAAGGAGACCUUUUUACGACGUUAAUUGGCCACGGGCACGGGGGCAUCAACGAUAUCGCGACACAUCCACUCUACCCAUGGAUUGUCGUAACCGCUUCGAUGGAUAGGAGCCUUCGAAUUUGGGAUUUACGACGGCAUGCCAAUCGACACCAAUCACCAACCAUAGUCAUAUGUGGUCAAGCAACAGGACAUUGCGAGGGCGUUCUGACCGUCUCUUGGCAUGCCAGUGGGCGAUACAUGGUUACCGGAGGUCAUGACCAAAGGAUAUGUGUUUGGACAGUCCCGGAUUUGGCCGAUAACUCUCCCUUUUGGCGACAAAUAUCACCCCAGCACAGAAAGCGGAGCUCUCACGACGUCUUAACAAUGUACUAUCCUCAUUUCGUCAGCUCAGCAGUACAUUCCAACUUCGUCGACUGUGCAAGAUUCUUUGGUGACCUGAUCAUAUCAAAGGCUGCCAAUGAAGACAAGAUCGUCCUGUGGAAGGUGACCGGUUUCGAUUCCCGACAAGCUCCUCCAGAUUCUACCACUGCCCCCAAGCUUGAGGAUUAUCUAGACACUCGCAAUGGCUUUAUCCGAACAGUCACCACCCGUGAGGACGGAAUCGUGGAUGUGGACAUUGCAGAGGAAUAUGAGGGACUACCAUUGUAUGAGAGACUGUUGGAGUUUGAGACCACUAGGGUCGAACAGUUCUACCUUCGAUUCGGCUUGCUGCUGCCAUCGCUUGCAUACCCUAAUUUACACCCAGUUCUGGCUUUCGCGAAUGCUACAUCCGAGUUACGCUUCUGGGAUCUCGAGCGGUUAGCACUUGGCCAUGCUGGAGGACUUGAUGAGCCCAAGAAUCCACAACCACGAAAAAAGCACAAAGGUGUGGCACAGCCAAUUCGACCACAGGACCGUGUGACUCGGGCAAAUGGCACGCCUCAAAGCACCAACAAGGAAUCUUCACCAGCGUCUCUAAAUUCCAACCCCAGCUCUGGAGCCUGGCCACGGCAAAGCUCUACUGACGCGACCAGCGAAAUCUCCGAUGCAAACAAUAUAUCUAAAUUCCCCAGUCGAGAUCGCGAACGAUACCCCAUUCACGAUGCCGAUACACCUCUUAAACCGCAUGCCAAAGUGUCGCUGAUGGAAUUGCAAUUUAAGAAUCAUGCACAUUUCAACGCCAGAGCAGCUGAUUGGAGUCCUUGUGGGAAGUGGUGUAUCGUGGUUGGGGAGUCUGCCAGAAUGACAGCAAUGGGCAUUGAAGGCAUCGGAGGGUUUGCAGUGCUUCAUCGGUGGGACUGACCUUGUUGUUGCCUAUGCAAGUGGGAACAGAAUGUCGACGAGGCUGACGAUGGCGGCCUCGCGGCUUGUUAGAAGCAUGUGAAGUAUACUGUACGCCUACGGGUAUUCGGGUACCUUGCAUCCAAUUUUAUGGGGGCCAUCGUGGGCCUGCGGGGGAGAUUGUUAGGCGGUCCCCAGCCCACGGGCCCACUGAGCCUACCUUAAGUACUGCUGUAACUCUGACG